UUUUUUUUUUUUCUUAAAAAAAAAUUUCUCUUUACGUCUUUUUAUAAUCUUUGAAUAUGUCAAUGGAUACUCCACCAUUUGAUCCAAAUGAUUAUUCAUAUGUUAUUGGCAUAGAUUUUGGAACAACCUUUUCUGGCUGCUGUUAUGCUUUUUCAAAAGAUGGAAAUGAUGAAAUUAUUGAUAUAACGAAAUGGCCAAAGCAACAAAAUGUUUAUCCAAAAACGCCUACUCUUUCUCUUUAUAGAAAUGGCUCAACUAAACUUGUUGCCUGGGGACAAGAUGCAAAAAAGACUGCCAUGAAACGAAAUAAUAAUGACCAAUUACUUUCUCGAUUUAAAUUACAAUUAGACGAAAAUCUCAACUUACCUCCAUUACCAAACGGUCUUACAGCACUUGAAGCUAUAACUGAUUAUCUUGAAGCAUUCCAUAAUCAUGUCUGUAAAGAUCUUCAACGUGGUUUUGCUAAUAAUUAUGAUCAAAGUAAAUUUCGUUAUUGUUUAACUGUACCAGCCAUGUGGAGUGAUCAAGCUAAAGCAACUAUGAGAGAAGCUGCAAUUCGUGCAAACAUCAUUAAUCGUUGGGAUCAUCCAAGUAGACUUAUGCUGAUUAGUGAACCUGAGGCUGCUGCUCUUUAUUGUGAAAAGAAAUGUGACCAGUUUAAUUUGGGUCAUGGUCAACGGUUCUUGAUUUGCGAUGCUGGUGGUGGUACGGUUGACCUUAUUGUCUUUGAAAUAGAUGACUCAGGUGAACGAAGGGCCCUCAAGGAAGUAACAAAAGGUUCAGGUGAUUCUUGUGGUUCGACUUUCUUGGAUAUUCGUAUGCGUGAAUAUUUGAAAGAUAGAUUUUAUCAUCAUGGUAAAAUCAGUGAUACAGCUAUGGAGUCUAUGAUGGAGACUUUUAUUGAUACAAUUAAACCUGAAUUUGACGGAGAUGAAGAUCAAUAUCUUGCUUUACCCGCUGCAUUAGGUAUUGAAGGUGCUGAUGAUCCUGAUGCAGGUAUAGAAGAUGGUACACUUCAUAUUCCUUGUCAUGAACUUCGUCAACGUGUUUUUGAACCUGUUAUCAAUCAAGUCAUUGAUUUAAUCGAGGAACAAGUACAGCGCUCAUCCAUUAAAUUAGAUGCUAUUUUUUUGGUAGGUGGCUUUGGUCAGUCAACCUAUCUUUAUAGACGUGUUUUAGCAGAAUUUCAAAACCGAGUCGGUUUUAUUGGAGUGCCACCUCGUGGAGAAUUAGCUGUUGUUCGUGGAGCAGUCUAUUUUGGACUUAAUCCACAUAUGGUUACAGAACGUGUAUCUAGACGUACAUAUGGUCUUGAGACUAGAAUGGUCUUUGAUCCUCGAAAUGACCCUCCUGAACAAUGUAUUAAAGGCGAUGAUAAUCGUUUAUUUUGUAAGCAAAGAUUUAGUGUUUAUGUUCAAAAGGGACAAACGAUUAGUGUUGAUUAUUGUGUGUCAAAGAAUUUUAUGAUUGCUUAUCCAAAUGAUACAGAUACAGACUUAUUUGCAUAUGAUGGAGAUGGCCCUGUUCCACGCUUAACUACACAUCCUCAAGUUUUUAAAGUAGCAAGAUUCCCAAUUAAAAUGCCUAAAUUCCCAGAUGUACAAAAGGGUCAACCCAUAUUUAUGACGAUUAAAAUGUAUUUUGGUCAAACAGAAAUAAAAAUUGAAGCACAUAUUCGAGAUCGUAAAUUUACGUUUACAUCAGCCUUUGAAACAGUUGAAAGAGAGAUGAUGCACUCACUUAAUUCACAGACGAGUAUGUUAGCCAUUAAACCAGAUGAAAGUGAUUACAUGUAUAGUAAUAAUAGAAAUUUCAACGGAUCUAAUACAUCAAGUCCAUUUGUAUCAAGACCUCCUUCACUUCCUUCUCGAGAUAAUGGAUAUCCUUCACCUAUGUCAAAUGCACGUAGUGUUCGAGAUGAUGAUGGUACAUUUUAUGACGGAGACUCUAGACACUCCUCUGUACUUAAUAAUAAUCCUAGAAAGAUCUUUGGUAUUAAAUUUGGUAAAAAACGAUAAAUACAAUAUAUACACACUUACAACACUCACAUAUAUAUAUCUAUUUAUAUCCCCCCCUACCUCUCUUUCCCGUCACUUUUUCUUUUUCUUUUGAAUUCACUUGCAACCUAUUUAUAAUAAUAAUUCUAAUAAUGAUAAUAAUAAUAUCUUUUUUUUUCUUUUUUUUUUGGAAUGAUAUAAAACAAUACUUUUAUAUUGAAUAAAAGAAGUUGU